GGCGGGCUGCCCUGGCAGGAUGGCGGAAUCUCUCUCCUUCCGAGAUUGAAACCGCUCAGGAUUUCCAUCUGUUUACAGGUCGUGGAAAAGGGCCCGCCGUCCACCCAUCGAUUGAUUGUCUGCUUUUCCCCCCCGGGACAGGCAGCCCCUCCCAUCCAUUCUUGGACUGGACCCCGCUUCGACGAAGUCGCCCUGCAGGAUGCCGGGCCAGGGUUGAGCUUCUCCCCGGAAUUUUGUGGUUGGCUGGGAUCGCUCGUGCGCAGCCGCGCCACCCUAUCCGGAGCUCCAGACAAGCUUCGCACUAAAAACACCUUCUCAAGGGAUUCAGCUCCGCACCCAGGCACUGUCUCGAGCAGUCGCGUGCUUGCAUCAUCGCCUUCACUCCGGUUGACGAUUGAUAACCCCACCCGCUUCGUACCCCCGGCCUCAUUCUUGGACACGCACAAUCAUGUCUGUGACGCUUCACACGACGGUUGGGGACCUGAAGAUCGAGGUGUUUUGCGAGAGCGUUCCCAAAACAGCAGAGAACUUCCUCGCUCUGUGUGCAUCCAAAUACUAUAACAACUCACCCUUCCACCGUCUGAUCCCCGGUUUUAUGGCCCAGGCCGGCCAGCCUGCGGAGCCGUCGCCUCCCGAGAACCCCAAAGGCGGUCGCUCUAUCUGGGGCGGCAUGUUCGAGGACGAGAUCCGACCGGCGCUGCGACAUAACGAGAGGGGUGUCGUAUCCAUGGCCAACAAGGGCCCUGGCACCAACGGCAGCCAGUUCUUCGUGCUCUUCGACAAGGCGCCCCAUCUCGACGGCCUCAACACCGUCUUCGGCAAGACUAUCGGCGACGACAGCCUGCGGACCCUGGCCAAGAUGGAGGCUAUUGAGGUUGACAAGAAGAACCGACCCAAAGAGAAGAUUGUAAUUGAGAGUGUUACUCUACAUGCAAACCCAUUGGCCGGCUGAAAGAGGAGGAAUAUACCACGAUGAAAUGGAUGAGCAAAGGCUAAGGUGUAGCCACCGAACGACCGCCUUGACGAAUCAGGAUGCAGAUGCUCCAACUGGUAACAGCUCCAAGGCUGCUGCUAUCGAGUGAUGUCAGCUACCGCCAAGACGAGGUGUUGCUGCCAUGCAAUGCUCCUCGAGCACUCUUCGAGGUGAAGACAUUGGGGAUCGUUCUCAAGGUCUGUGCCGGCUGAAGGGGCGGUCUGACCAGGACCCAAUAAGCGGGAAGGUUUCGAUGCUCCAUUUGCGCAUCGACCGUCCUGCAGGUAUACAGAUCGAGCAUGUCGACAAAACUGACGGGACCAGUCAUGUCGCUCGCAUCUUCCAGGCUGACGGGCAAUCUCGGGAACCCGUCUCAUUUCGAGGAUGUCAAGCUGGAGGUAGGAUCAAGACAAAUAAGUCAAGCCAUGGCGGCCAUCACAAGCUCUCCCGGGGAAAUGGCGGUCGAAAUGUUUCUAGGCAAUAACUUUGUGGCGUCCUGAAUGGAAUGCUAGCGCUGUUGUGUUGUGAUUUUGAUGGUCAAUGACGGCGCGAUACGAUCCUGUGCGGGUUAGGGUUAUUAUCUGUAUCGUGAGCUGAAUGGGAAUAUGUACGAUUAUUUGUAAACAUCUGACUAGUCGGACAGUAAAGGGGUUGUGAGUAGACUCGGAGGUCUC